AUGCCGGCGCUGCUAACAGGUUUAUUGAUUGGCAGUAUACAAGACAGCUGGUCUGGGGGUUCAUCCCAAGACAGAUCUAAUACCGAAUUGACGCGCUUCACAAUUUACUUUGUGUAUCUUUUUCUGGGCGAGAUAGUGUCAUGCUACAUUGCCAAUAUCGGAUUCAUCCGUACUGGCAUCAUAUUAUCGAGCCGGAUCAGAGAACGGUAUUUGGCUGCGCUUCUAAGUCAAAACAUUGCCUUCUUUGACAAUAUUGGAGCCGGAGAAAUAUCAACUCAUAUCACCGCCGACGCGGAUUUAAUUCGAGAUGGUAUUUCAGAGAAAGUCAGUGUUGCUGUACAGUGCUCUGCAUCGGUUAUCACCGCCUUCGUCAUAGCUUUCAUGCGAGACUGGAGGUUGACACUUAUCCUGGCCUCUAGUAUCAUCUGCAUCACCCUUGUGUUUGCUGCCGCCGGUAUAAUGCUCACAAAAUAUCGUCAGCAAUGGUUGGGAGAGACCGCAGCAUCUGGUACCAUUGUCGAAGAGGUGUUUUCAUCCAUCAGAACGGUCGUGGGGCUCAAUGCGCAAUCUGAGCUUGUGGCCCGAUACGAUGGCUGUCUAGCUAAAGCAGAACGGUUUGCAAAUAACGCUAGGCUUAUAUCCGGUGCUCUGCUUGGUGCUGUCUUUGCUGUUAUCUACCUGGCUAUCGGUUUGGGAUUCUGGAUGGGUUCGCGCUUCCUGGUAGCGGGUACAUCCUCGUACGUCGAUAUCCUGACCAUUAUCCUCGCGACAGUGACCGGCAUCGCUUGUCUUGGUGGUAUAGUUCCCCCACUUCAAGUCUUCACUAUUGCUACAGCCGCUGGAUCAAGACUGUAUAGCACCAUUGACAGAAGACCUCCCGGGACCGCGAGUCGUCCUUCCGAAGGAAAGAUAGACAGUGUGCUUGGUCAUAUUGAGUUACAAAAUGUCAGACACGUAUAUCCUUCAAGACCAGAUGUCGUUGUUUUGGAUAACCUGAGCUUGGAUAUUGAGCCUGGAAAAACGACAGCCAUUGUUGGACCGUCUGGGUCCGGAAAGAGCACCAUAAUCGAACUUCUCGAGCGUUUCUAUGAUCCCCUUGCUGGCAAUAUUCUCUUGGAUGGUCACAAACUCUCAGAGCUGAGCCCAAAUUGGUUAAGGCAGCAAAUUUCGCUGGUCCAGCAAUCACCUACAUUGUUUGCUACGACUAUAUUCGAGAACAUACGGUAUGGUCUGAUUGGAACGCCCCAUGAGAAUGCAUCCAAGGAGGAUAUCGAGAAUAUUGUCUACGAUGCCACUCGCGUCGCAAAUGCCCACGACUUCAUCACUCAGUUACCUGACAGCUACGACACCCUUGUUGGCGAGGCUGGCGUGUUACUCUCCGGUGGCCAGAAACAACGCAUUGCCAUCGCUCGCGCCCUCAUCUCCGAUCCUCGAAUUCUUCUUCUUGACGAAGCCACCUCUGCCUUGGACUCGACGAGUGAAUCUAUUGUUCAAGCUGCAAUCGAGAAAGCAUCUCAAGGGAGAACGACCAUUGUUGUGGCUCAUCGUUUGUCAACCGUCAAAUCUGCGCACAAAAUCAUCGUCUUGUCUGGUGGUCAACUCGUUGAACAAGGUACUCAUGGCUUUCUUCAAGAAAAGAAUGGAGUGUAUAAUCGACUAGCUAAAUCACAGGCUGUCGACUUGAAUGAAAAGGAAUCUCUCGAGGAUGAGAAUUAUUUGGAAGUUUCCAUCCAAAAUGCUAAAUCUGUCUCCGAAGAGACAGAAAAAGAGCCUCCGCCGGUCACCGGAAGCCCUUUGUUUGAUACAGUCCACAAGGAGGCAUAUGCUAUCGAGAGCCUGGAUCGCCCAAGCCACCAGUAUUCGAUGCGGACCCUUCUGAGGUUUGUGAAUGGUUUCCACAAGGACUCUAUGACAUUGGUGUCAAUGGGGUUUCUAGCUUCAAUCCAAACAGGAGCUGGUGCACCCGUUCAGGCAGUGUUUCUGGCCAAAUGUCUUACUGCACUGGCAAAACCUCAAGCUGAAUUUUCACAGCUUCGGUCCGAGACAAAUCUUUGGGCUGGAUUGCACGUCGUCUUGGCUUUUGUACAGUUCUUCGCUUACUCGGCUCAAGCCUCUGCUCUGGGUAAAUGUACAGAGAGGCUUAUCCGUCGUCUCGGUGGCUUGUCCUUCCAGGCCCUGCUCGACAAAGACAUGUCUUUCUUUGAUAUGGAGGAGCACGGUGUCGGCGCACUGGUAUCAUUUCUCGGCACUGAGCCAGCCAGUAUGGCGGGCAUGGGUUGCUACGCCAUCGGAAAUUACAUUAUGGCACUCACAACUCUCAUCGGUGCCAUCGCAACCAGUCUAGCUGUUGGAUGGAAACUUGGACUUGUCGGUGCAGCUACAGUCCCUAUUCUUCUGAUCUGCGGAUUCCUUCGAUUCCGCGUCAUGGCUCAGCUUGAGGCCCAUAUUCGUCAAGUAUAUCAAGAAACAGCAUCACUAGCCAGUGAAGCAGUCUCGGCUAUCCGCACUGUCAUAUCUCUAAAUCGGGAGUCCAAUGUUGCAGCAAUAUUUCACAAUAAGCUGGUCGAACAAGAUUCGAAGAGCAUUCGCUCCAGCCUGACAACUUCGGCCCUUUUCGCCUUUUCUCAAUCGGCACCUUUGCUGUGUACUGCCCUUGGCUUAUGGUAUGGUGGCACCCUCGUUAUUAGUGGGGAGUAUGGAUUAUUCCAGUUCAUCCUGAGUUUCGCUGCUGUUAACAUCUGCGGUGACGCUGCCGGCUUGAUAUUUAGCAGCUCGCCAGAUCUAGCCAAGGCAAAGCUGUCGGCCAUCCGACUUAAAGGGCUGUUGGAUCGACAAUCACAGCCCAAAUCACAGCCCCAAUUGGAUUUUAGCGAAUCUCAACCUCUUUUGCAAGGAAGUAUUGGAUUCCGGAAUGUCCACUUUUCGUAUCCUACACGCCCUGACCGGAAAAUACUGAAUGGCCUCGAUCUCACUGUACACAAGGGCAAAUACAUCGCUUUGGUUGGACCCAGUGGAUGCGGGAAAAGCACGAUUGUUGCACUUUUAGAACGUUUCUACCAUCCUCUCGCCGGCCUUGUUACAAUGGACGACCGGGAUCUCUCCUCAAUGGAUAUGAGCGCAUACCGCAAUCAAGUGGCACUUGUGAACCAAGAGCCUACACUCUUCCAGGGCACCAUCCGAGAUAAUCUCCUCCUAGGACUCGACGCAGCAAAGUAUUCCCAGGAAGUAUUGGAGACCAUCUGCAAGGACGCGCAUAUCCUUGAUUUUAUCCAUUCACUACCGCAAGUCAUUCGCCGAAUUUUAUAUCGCUAG